CCAAAAACAUGGCUCUUUCGCCCCUUUCUUUCAAACUCAUUGCCUUCUCUUUCCUUCUUCUCACCCUUUCCGAUGCAUCUCCCGCAACCGUUGGCCACCAUCGCCGCCCUCAUUUUACCCCUCAUAACUAUAGAGACGCUCUUGCCAAAUCGAUCCUCUUCUUCCAAGGCCAAAGGUCCGGGAAGCUUCCUCCAAAUCAAAAGAUGACUUGGAGGAAAGACUCUGGUUUACUCGACGGCUCAACGAUGAAUGUUGAUUUGGUUGGUGGGUACUAUGAUGCUGGGGAUAAUGUGAAGUUUGGGUUUCCUAUGGCUUUCACCACCACUAUGCUUUCAUGGAGUGUUAUUGAGUUUGGCGGAGUAAUGAAAAAUGAGCUCAAUAAUUCUAAAGAAGCCAUUCGUUGGGCCACUGAUUAUCUCCUCAAAUCCACUGCUCUUCCUGACACCAUUUUUGUUCAGGUGGGUGAUGCCAAUAAGGACCAUGCUUGUUGGGAGAGGCCAGAAGACAUGGACACUCCAAGAACUGUAUUGAAAAUAGACAAGAACACUCCUGGUUCUGAAGUAGCAGCUGAAACUGCAGCUGCUCUUGCUUCUGCUUCGUUAGUCUUCAAAAGAUCUGAUCCCACCUACUCCAACAUCUUAAUCAAAAGAGCUAUAAGGGUAUUUGAAUUUGCUGAUAAGUACAGAGGAUCCUACAGCAAUGGACUGAAGAAUUAUGUCUGCCCUUUUUACUGCUCUUUCUCUGGUUAUCAAGAUGAGCUAUUGUGGGGUGCUGCUUGGCUAUAUAGAGCUACAAAGAAUGGUAGCUACUUGAAUUAUAUUCAAGAGAAUGGGCAGAAUCUUGGAGGUGUUGAGUUUGACAAUGCUUUUGGUUGGGAUAACAAGCAUGUUGGAGCAAGAAUUCUUCUUUCCAAGGCAUUCUUAAUCCAAAAUGAGAAGUCUCUUCAUGAGUAUAAAGGUCAUGCAGAUAAUUUCAUAUGUUCUCUCAUACCAGGCGCUCCUUUCUCCUCUGCUCAAUACACCCCAGGAGGUCUUUUAUUUAAAAUGGGUGAUAGCAACAUGCAGUAUGUGACGUCAACCUCAUUUCUAGUAUUAAGCUAUGCCAAAUACCUAACCUCUGCUCACACAACUGUCGACUGCACUGGCCGAACCAUCACUCCCAACAUUCUACGAUCCAUUGCUAAGAAACAGAUCGAUUACUUGCUGGGAGAGAAUCCAUUGAAGAUGUCAUACAUGGUCGGAUACGGCGGCCGCUACCCACAGAGAAUCCACCACAGAGGCUCAUCGCUGCCAUCGAUUGCAGAGCAUCCGGCCAAGAUCGACUGCUCCACCGGCUUCUCCGCCAUGGAUUCCAAUUCCCCCAACCCCAACAUUCUGGUGGGCGCGGUGGUCGGAGGGCCCGAUCGGAACGACGAAUUUCCAGAUGAUCGAUCGGAUUUCGAGCAAUCCGAACCGUCGACUUACAUUAAUGCCCCGCUUGUCGGAUCGCUCGCAUAUUUUGCGCACUCCUUCGGCCAGCUUUAGGCUCCUCAUUUUGAUUGCUUCCCUUUCCAUGUUUAAUGGAAAUGUGUAAUCGUAAGAUGCUGCUAAUCUUCCAAUAGCCAAAGUGUGUUUAGUCAAGUCGUAAUUACUAAUUAGCUUCCUUUGAAAUCGAAAGUAAUCGAAGCUUCAAUUUCUUGUUUCAUUUAAAUUCCCACAUUGUUGUAGGUCA